GGAACUAGCUGGUAUCGUUCUAACGCUCCAAGUCGUAGGAAGUAAAGGAGAAAGAUUCUAAGAAUAUCUGACAAAUUCAGUAGAUGAACAAGACAAUGUCUGACAAGAACCAAACCUCAGACCUUCCUGAUGCACACCGAGGACGUCUAGAGGAAAACCGGGGUACUGGACUAUUAAAUGUGAAGGAAGAGGAUGAGACAGACAACAUGAAUAGUCAUCAGCCUGAAAUACAUUGUUCCCUCCCUGCCGAUGAAGAUAUCGCUGAUAUAGUGAAAGUUGAGAUAACAGAAAAUCUGUUUACGUGUGAUCAGGUGAAGACUGAGGAGGAUGAAGUUCCUAUAACUACGUCUACAGGUGAAUUCAUAAACUGCAAUGAUUCUAGUCAUCAUGGUCAGAGUACAGAAGUUUAUUUAAAUCUUCAAAAUGAAACAAAACAAAUUGGAAAUAUAUGUUCUGAAUGUGGGAAAUGUUAUAUUAAGAAAUCACAGCUUAUUAGUCACCAGAAAAUUCAUACAGGAGAAAAAGCAUUUCCAUGUUCUGUAUGUGGGAAAUGUUUUACUAUAAAAUCAAAUCUUAUUGUCCAUCUCAAAAUUCAUUCAGGGGAGAAAGCAUUUUCAUGUUCUGACUGUGGGAAAUGUUUUAAUCGGAAAUCAAAUCUUAUUAUGCAUCAGAAAAUUCAUAUGGGGGAGAAAGGAUUUCCAUGUUCUGAAUGUGGGAAAUGUUUUCACCAGAAAGCAAAUCUUUAUAGACAUUUGAAAAGUCAUACAGGAGAGAAACCAUUUUCCUGUUCUAUAUGUGGGAAAUGUUUUACACAGAAAGGACGUCUUGUUGCCCAUCAGAAAAUGCAUUCAGAAAGAGAAUUUCCAUGUUCUGUAUGUGGGAAAUGUUUUACUUUGAAAUCAGAUCUUAUUGUCCAUCUCAAAAUUCAUUCAGGGGAGAAAGCAUUUUCAUGUUCUGUAUGUGGGAAAUGUUUUAAACGGAAAUCAAGUCUUAAUAUGCAUCAGAAAAUUCAUUCAGGGGAGAAAGCAUUUUCAUGUUCUGACUGUGGGAAAUGUUUCACUUGGAAAUUAAGUCUUAUUAUGCAUCAGAAAAUUCAUAUCGGGGAGAAAGAAUAUUCAUGUUCUGACUGUGGGAAAUGUUUCAUUUGGAAAUCAUCUCUUGAUAAGCAUCAGAAGAUUCAUACAGGAGAGAAAGCCUUUGCAUGUUCUGACUGUGGAAAAUGUUUUACUCGGAAAUCAACUCUUAUUGGCCAUCAGAAAAUUCAUACAGGAGAGAAAGAAUUUUCAUGUUCUGACUGUGGGAAAUGUUUUACUCUGAAAACAACUCUUAUUGGCCAUCAGAGAAUUCAUACAGGAGAGAAAGCAUAUACAUGUUCUAAAUGUGGGAAAUGUUUUAGACUGAGAUCGACUCUUGUUAAGCAUGAGAAAACUCAUAAUAAAGUAAAUCACAGAGUUGUCACCCACACAGUACCUAGUGCUGAUGAUGACUACAUGUGAUCCCCUGGGGUGCGCAGGUUUGGAGCUUUUUAAUACCCCUUCUGCACCUCAAGCAUUUACAAGGGUUCCUAUAUAGGUUUGAAUAGCCAAGUGAUCAUCUGGAGCCCCUUUGUAUUGAAGUUACAAAUAUAACCAUAAGCCCUUAUUUAUAUGACAUUUAGGUACUGUUGAGGGCAUUAUAGUUAGGUGAUCACUGAGGUGACAGUGUUUCUCUAGCUGGAAUUUAAAUUUACCAGAUGAAAAGGUUUACAGGGUGAGCCCCUACAUUAACAUAAAAAAUACAAUAGGGCUCCAAAAACACUUGUAUGGAAUAGGAUAUCCUCCUAGCUACAUAAAAUGCAUUGGGAAAAAAAUAAUUCCGUUCAAUUACUAAUUUCUAUAGAAAACCAUAGUGUUAUUUUCCAACAACCUAGUUUAUUAAAAUUGUAAUAAAAUAUGCAUUUUUUCA